CCCCGCGCCCCUCUGCCCACCAUGAGCGAGGAGAGCCGAUGGGAUGCCCGCUCCGAGAGCGCCAAGGACCUGGAGAAACAGCUUCGCCUGCGUGUGUGCGUGCUCAGCGAGCUCCAGAAGACCGAGCAGGACUACGUGGGAACGCUGGAGUUUUUGGUGUCGGCAUUUUUACACCGAAUGAACCAGUGUGCUGCAUCCAAAGCUGACAAAAAUGUAACAGAAGAAACAGUGAAGAUGCUCUUCUCAAACAUUGAAGACAUCCUUGCAGUACAUAAAGAAUUUUUAAAAGUUAUCGAAGAAUGCUUGCAUCCUGAACCCAAUGCUCAACAAGAAGUGGGAACCUGCUUUCUACACUUUAAAGACAAGUUUCGUAUCUAUGAUGAAUAUUGUAGCAACCAUGAGAAGGCACAAAAAUUGCUUUUUGAACUUAACAAAAUAAGAACCAUUCGGACAUUUCUUUUGAACUGCAUGCUACUUGGAGGCCGGAAGAACACAGAUGUUCCCCUGGAAGGAUAUUUAGUAACACCAAUACAGAGAAUAUGCAAGUACCCUCUCCUUUUGAAGGAGUUGUUGAAGCGGACUCCAAGGAAACACAGUGACUAUGCCGCAGUGAUGGAAGCCCUCCAAGCCAUGAAAGCUGUCUGCUCCAACAUAAACGAGGCCAAGAGACAGAUGGAAAAAUUAGAAGUUUUAGAGGAAUGGCAGUCUCACAUUGAAGGCUGGGAGGGGUCCAACAUUACUGACACCUGUACUGAAAUGCUAAUGUGUGGAGUCUUACUGAAAAUUUCUUCUGGAAAUAUUCAAGAACGAGUGUUCUUUCUUUUCGAUAAUCUUUUGGUGUAUUGCAAAAGAAAACACAGACGGUUGAAGAACAGCAAGGCAUCUACAGAUGGACAUCGCUACCUUUUUCGUGGCAGGAUCAAUACAGAGGUGAUGGAAGUUGAGAAUGUGGAUGAUGGCACAGCUGACUUCCAUAGUAGUGGGCACAUAGUUGUUAAUGGAUGGAAAAUACAUAACACAGCCAAAAAUAAGUGGUUUGUGUGUAUGGCAAAAACACCUGAAGAGAAGCAUGAAUGGUUUGAAGCUAUUUUGAAAGAAAGAGAACGGCGAAAAGGUUUAAAAUUAGGAAUGGAGCAAGACACCUGGGUGAUGAUCUCUGAACAGGGCGAGAAACUUUAUAAGAUGAUGUGCAAACAAGGAAAUCUGAUCAAAGACAGAAAAAGAAAACUGACUACAUUCCCUAAAUGCUUUCUUGGAAGCGAAUUUGUGUCCUGGUUGUUAGAAAUAGGAGAGAUUCACAAACCUGAGGAGGGAGUUCACUUGGGACAAGCAUUAUUAGAAAAUGGAAUCAUCCACCAUGUUACGGAUAAACAUCAGUUCAAACCAGAACAGAUGUUAUAUAGGUUUCGCUAUGAUGAUGGAACAUUUUAUCCAAGAAAUGAGAUGCAGGACGUGAUUUCAAAGGGUGUAAGACUCUACUGCCGUCUGCAUAGUCUGUUUACUCCAGUGAUAAGAGAUAAAGAUUAUCAUUUAAGGACCUACAAAUCUGUGGUUAUGGCCAACAAACUGAUAGAUUGGUUAAUUGCACAGGGGGAUUGCCGCUCCAGGGAAGAAGCAAUGAUAUUUGGUGUUGGACUCUGUGACAAUGGAUUCAUGCACCAUGUCCUAGAAAAAAGUGAAUUCAAGGAUGAACCCCUACUUUUCCGUUUUUUUGCGGAUGAAGAAAUGGAAGGCUCAAAUAUGAAGCAUCGACUUAUGAAACAUGAUUUAAAAGUUGUGGAAAAUGUUAUAGCUAAAUCAUUACUGAUUAAAUCUAAUGAAGGCAGUUAUGGCUUUGGGCUAGAAGACAAAAAUAAAGUUCCAAUAAUAAAGUUGGUAGAGAGGGGGUCCAAUGCUGAGAUGGCUGGAAUGGAAGUUGGGAAGAAGAUUUUUGCUAUUAACGGUGACCUAGUUUUUAUGAGACCAUUCAAUGAAGUGGACUGCUUCUUGAAAUCAUGCUUAAAUAGCAGAAAACCUCUCAGAGUCCUUGUGAGCACAAAACCAAGGGAGACAGUGAAAAUUCAAGAUUCAGCUGAUGGACUUGGAUUCCAGAUUCGAGGAUUUGGCCCAUCGGUUGUGCAUGCAGUUGGGAGAGGAACUGUGGCUGCAGCAGCUGGCCUUCACCCUGGACAGUGUAUUAUCAAAGUAAAUGGAAUCAAUGUCAGCAAAGAGACCCAUGCCAGUGUCAUUGCCCACCUCACAGCCUGCAGGAAAUACAGGCGACCAAUGAAGCAAGAUUCCAUACAAUGGGUUUAUAACAGCAUUGAGAGUGCCCAAGAAGACCUGCAGAAAUCUAACUCCAAGGUACCUGGCGAUGAAGCGGGGGACGCUUUUGACUGCAAAGUAGAAGAAGUAAUUGACAAGUUCAACACCAUGGCUAUCAUCGAGGGGAAGAAGGAACACGUGAGCCUGACUGUGGACAAUGUGCACCUGGAAUAUGGGGUAGUGUAUGAGUACGACAGCACAGCUGGGAUCAAGUGCAACAUGGUGGAGAAGAUGAUUGAGCCCAAAGGUUUCUUCAGCUUAACUGCCAAGAUUCUUGAAGCCUUGGCUAAAAGUGAUGAUCAUUUUGUACAAAGCUGUACCAGCCUUAACUCUUUAAAUGAAGUGAUUCCUACUGACCUUCAGAGCAAAUUCAGUACCAUUUGCAGUGAAAAAAUUGAGCACAUAUGUCAUAGAAUAUCCAGCUAUAAAAAGUUUUCUCGUGUACUAAAGAAUAGAGCCUGGCCCACCUUUAAACAGGCCAAAUCAAAAAUCUCCCCUUUGCACAGCAGUGAUUUCUGCCCUACCAACUGCCAUGUUAAUGUAAUGGAAGUUUCUUAUCCCAAAACAUCAACCUCCCUGGGGAGUGCAUUUGGUGUUCAGUUGGACAGUAGGAAGCAUAAUUCUCAUGAUAAAGAAAAUAAAUCUUCUGAGCAAGGGAAACUGAGCCCUAUGGUGUACAUUCAGCAUACGAUUACUACCAUGGCGGCCCCUUCUGGUCUGUCUCUGGGACAGCAAGAUGGGCAUGGUCUCCGGUAUCUAUUAAAGGAAGAAGACUUAGAAACUCAAGAUAUCUAUCAGAAACUGUUGGGAAAACUUCAGACUGCACUCAAAGAGUUGGAGAUGUGUGUUUGUCAAAUAGAUGAUGGAUUUGUGCCUUCUUACACGGAGGAAGUGGAUGCAGAAUAUUGGGGAGCAUUGAAGAUAGGAAAGUUGAGAAGGAAAGACUUCAUUUUGCAGAUUCUAGAUGUCCUGGAUGAACAAAUUGCUUUGGUACAUUCAAAUGCAUUACUGUUGCCUACAAGACCCUUCACGCCUCAUCCCCCAGCUGUACAAACUCAUCUCACUGAACUCCAGCUGCAUCACCUCUCUCUACUCCUGGAAUAUGACAAGCUCACUGUCACUAAAGGGCCCUCUAUCUGUGAUGAACUUCCCCUGAGUGUUCGCAUUUCUCAUGAUAAACAGGACAAGAUACACAGUUGCCUUGAACAUCUUUUCAGCCAGGUGGAUUCGAUUACCAAUCUCCUAAAAGGGCAAGCUGUAGUGAGGGCUUUUGAGCAAACCAAGUACCUCACACCUGGUCGAGGAUUACAAGAAUUUCAGCAGGAAAUGGAACCUAAGCUGAGUUGUCCAAAAAGGUUAAGGCUUCACAUCAAGCAGGAUCCUUGGAAUCUUCCCAGCAGUGUCCGGAAUCUUGCACAGAACAUCAGAAAAUUUGUUGAAGAGGUGAAGUGUAGGAUACUCCUGGCUCUUCUUGAAUAUUCAGACAGUGAGACACAGCUCCGGAGAGACAUGGUGUUCUGCCAAAGCCUUGUGGCUACGGUCUGUGCCUUCUCUGAGCAGCUCAUGGCGGCCUUAAACCAGAUGUUUGACAACAGCAAAGAAAAUGAGAUGGAAACUUGGGAAGCCAGUAGACGGUGGCUGGACCAGAUAGCGAAUGCAGGUGUUCUUUUUCACUUUCAGUCCUUGCUGUCACCAAACCUGACAGAUGAACAAGCCAUGCUAGAAGAUACACUCGUUGCACUAUUUGAUUUGGAAAAGGUUUCCUUUUACUUUAAACCAUCAGAAGAGGAACCACUUGUUGCAAAUGUUCCUCUUACAUAUCAAACAGAAGGAAGCCGGCAAGCUCUUAAAGUUCAUUUCUACAUCGAUAGUUAUCAUUUUGAACAAUUGCCUCAACGGUUGAGAAAUGGAGGAGGGUUUAAAAUUCAUCCUGUUCUUUUUGCACAAGCUCUGGAGAGCAUGGAAGGAUAUUAUUACAAAGACAAUGUUUCAGUGGAAGAAUUUCAAGCCCAGAUAAAUGCAGCCUCUUUGGAAAAGGUCAAACAGUACAAUCAGAAGCUCAGGGCAUUCUACCUGGACAAGUCAAAUUCACCACCAAACUCCACAUCCAAAGCUGCUUAUGUAGAUAAGCUAAUGAGGCCUCUCAAUGCUUUGGAUGAACUUUAUCGACUCAUCACCUCGUUUAUUAGAUCCAAACGCACGGCUGCCUGUGUGAACACAGCGUGCAGUGCCUCCGGAGUUGGCUUGCUGUCAGUCUCGUCAGAGCUGUGUAACAGGCUGGGCGCCUGCCAUAUCAUCAUGUGCAACAGUGGUGUGCACCGAUGCACCCUGAGUGUGACACUGGAGCAGGCCAUCAUUCUGGCCAGAAGCCAUGGGUUGCCUCCUCGCUACAUCAUGCAGGCUACCGAUGUGAUGCGGAAGCAGGGAGCAAGAGUCCAGAACACAGCAAAGAAUUUAGGAGUCAGAGACCGUACCCCACAGUCUGCUCCGAGGUUGUACAAGCUCUGUGAGCCACCUCCCCCAGUUGGAGAAGAAUGA